AUGAUUAGGCCCUUGUGCACGCCAUCUAAUAGCGAAGAGACGUACCAUGAUCUGAUCCAUCAGACAUUCAACUUUCCAACUCCCGAAUUCCAUGUGGAGAGCAAUGAGCUAUACUUCAACAACGUACCACUCAUGGACCUUGUCAAGCAAUAUGGCACUCCACUCAAAAUCACGUACCUGCCGAAAAUCUCCGAGCACAUCCAGCGUGUCACAUCAACAUUCAGAAAUGCCAUGAAGCGCUACUACUACCAGGGCAACUACACAUACUGCUACUGUACAAAGUCGUCCCAUUUUCGCUUCGUGCUGGACGAAGUGCUAAAGGAUGGCAAUGUGCACCUCGAGACGUCCUCGGCCUUCGAUGUACCCAUCGUACGGGAGCUGUAUCGGACGAGCAAGAUUGACAAACGCACAUAUAUCAUCUGCAACGGCUCCAAGCGCCCUUCCUAUACGAAACAGAUUAGCGAACUCAUCCAGGACGGCUUCAACGUCAUACCCGUCCUGGACAGUUUGAGCGAGCUCGACGCCUACCAGGACAGCGAUGCCGAGACAGUGAACUUAGGGAUCCGUAUUGCAACCGACGAAGCAUCAGAUCUACCCUUCCAUACCUCGCGACUAGGCAUCCGCUAUAGCGACGUCACCGAUCUAUACCACAGCAGCAUCGACCGCAAUCCCAAGUUCAAACUAAAACUGCUACACUUCUUCGUCAAUACCGGCAUCAAGGAUACAGCGUACUACUGGACCGAACUAGGCUUGUUUCUACACAAGUACUGCGAACUGCGCAAAGUCUGCCCAGACCUGGAUAGUAUCGACAUCGGCGGCGGACUGCCCAUCCAACACGCGUUGGACGACUCAUACGAUUAUGAAGGCAUGGUUGAUCAAAUCAUUAGCGUCAUCCAGAAGACAUGUACUAGACACAGUGUGCCUGUCCCGCAUCUCUUCACCGAGUUCGGCUCAUAUACAGUCGGCGAAAGCGGUGCUACAAUUUAUAGAAUCAUCGAGCAAAAAAGGCAGAACGAUGCGGAGUCGUGGUACAUGAUCGACGGGUCUUUCAUAACCCACCUUCCCGACACAUGGGGUAUAAAUCAAAAGUUCAUCACGCUGCCGCUCAACAAUUGGGAUAGCUCGUACCAGAAGGUCCUCCUCGGGGGUUUGACGUGCGACUCGAGGGACUUUUACGCGCACCCGAAGGAGCUUCAUCUGCCUGUGUUCGACCAGGAGAUGCAGGGUCAGUACAUUGGUUUUUUCCAUACUGGGGCGUAUCAGGAGGCGCUUGGAGGGUAUGGGGGCAUUUCGCACUGUCUGAUCCCAGCGCCACAACACGUCAUUGUUGACAGAGAUGAGCACGGCCGAAUGACUUCACGGCUGUUUGCGCCGGAGCAGGACAGCGAGUACAUGAUGCAAUUCUUGGGCUACACGACGAGUAAGGGGCCACAGGCUACUGGAUUGCAGGUAGCGCUUCGGCAUGACGUCUCGCAUUCUGAAGCAGGACGUUCAGCGAGCGUUCGAACGCAGUGUUCCACAUAA